CUUAAGAGCGGAAAAAGCAAAACGAAAAACGCAAAACCCAGAACCCUAAUACCAAUCUCUCGUUUGUGGUGCUUUGCUUUUGCCUUUCCUUCCACAUUAAUGGCCGACUCUGUAGUUUCGAUUCAGUACCUCAAGGAUUUCUUCAAUUCUCAAAUCUACGACGAUGAGAAAUGGGCCUUCAACGUGAAAUUGCUGCGUGCUGCGGGACUUUUUGGAGGAUCAAUAGUACUUAUGCGAAAUUAUGGUGACCUUAUGGCAAUCUGAAAAAGUAGCACAAAUGACAAGUUCUCUGCCAUGAGUUGCUAUUAUCUACUUAAACAGUAUUGUGAUGUCUAGGUUUUUUGUUUUUGCUUUAUUUUUCAGUAAUUUGAACACGAAGGAGCUUCAUUGGCAUGACCAUGAAGCCUUUGAUGAGCGAUGACGAUGCUUUUCCGAAUGGUUAUGUUAUAGUACAUUCACAUUUCCUUUGGCAAAACAUGUUUUGGAUAUAAAAUAACUAUUUUGGAUGUUCA